AGUAACGUUUUGCAAGCCGGCAAGAUGGUUCGAGAAACUGCUUACUAUGACAUUCUGGGUGUAAAUACCAGCGCGUCACCAGAAGAAAUAAAGAAGGCAUAUAGAAAACUUGCUUUAAAAUUCCACCCUGACAAGAACCCCAACGAAGGUGAAAGGUUCAAACUUAUAUCUCAAGCCUAUGAGGUUUUGUCAGACCCACAAAAGCGAGACCUUUAUGACCAGGGAGGAGAACAGGCUAUCAAAGAAGGUGGAAUGGGAGGAAGAGGUUUCUCCUCCCCAAUGGACAUUUUCAACAUGUUCUUUGGGGGGGGAGGCAGGAUGAACAGGGAGAGGAGAGGAAAGAAUGUUGUGCACCAGCUGUCUGUGUCACUGGAGGACAUGUACAAUGGUACAACAAGGAAGCUUGAACUCCAAAAGAAGGUCAUCUGUGAGAAAUGCAAUGGUUAUGGGGGUAAAAAGGGAACAUUGGAGAAGUGCUGUGACUGUAAAGGACAAGGUGUUAAGAUCCAGGUCAAACAGAUUGGACCUGGAAUGAUUCAGCAGAUCCAGUCAAUGUGUGAAGAAUGCCAAGGACAAGGAGAGAGGUUCAGCUCCAAAGACAGAUGCAAAAAGUGCAAUGGACACAAAGUGGAACGGAAAAAAAAGAUACUUGAAGUUCAUGUAGACAAAGGUAUGAAGGAUGAGCAGAAAAUCACAUUCCAUGGAGAGGGGGAUCAGGAACCAGGAUUAGAGCCUGGUGAUGUCAUCAUUGUCCUUGAUCAGAAGGAGCACCCAGUGUUUCAGAGGCAUGGAGACAAUCUGAUCAUGAAAAUGGAAAUCCAGCUAGUGGAGGCACUCUGCGGGUUCAAAAAGACAAUCAAAACCCUUGACAACAGAAUACUCUUGAUUAACUCAAGUCCAGGUAAGGUAAUAAAACACAAUGACAUAAAAUGCGUCCAGAAUGAAGGGAUGCCAAUUCAUAGAGCUCCAUAUGAGAAAGGACAGCUAAUUAUACAAUUUUUGGUAACAUUCCCAGAAAAUGGUUGGCUUCCAAAGCACAUGUUCCCUCAGCUGGAGGCAUUGCUUCCUCCAAGGGAGGACUUGAUGAUUCUAGAUGACAUGGAGGAGGUUGACCUAACUGAAGUAGAAUACAGCUCCCAUCAUAGUCAUAGAUAUAGAGGAGAGGCAUACCAAGAAGAAGAAGCAGCAGAAACACCAAGUGCAGGCGUUCAAUGCCAAACUCAGUAAAAUAACUUCGGAACCUUCAAUUAACACUAAAGCGCAAGAUUGUCAGUAGAGGCUCAUUGUGAUGAUCGCAAGAUAAUUCUCUCAGGAUUUCAAUUUGUUCAGGAAAGGUUGCUGUUACACGUGACAUAAGAUUGAUAGAACACAAGAUUCCAGACACUAACCUAUGUCUACCACAUGUUUUUAAAAUAUUCUUGUUUCAUGUAUUAUUUCUGAAGGACUGUUUACUUCGUGGUUGGUAUUCCUUUGUGUUGCCCAGAAAGACACAACCUAUGAUUUAGAACAUUUUGCAGACUUACAGCACCGGGCGCAAUGUCACAGUAGACUUUCAGUAGAAAACAGAAUAGUCAUUUAGCAACAAUUUAAAUAUGGAAAUUUGGAAAUCAUUAGCAACAUGCUAAACCGUAGAACACAAUGUAUUUUAGUUACAAGAUACUUUCCAAUCUCCACAAUGAGCCACAGUAAUUGUGUGCACCUUUUAUGUGAAAAAAAAUUACUAGUUUGUGUGUGCAUAUACUUGAUAUACACGUUGUACUGCAUAUUCUCGUACUGAUCACUUUGAUUAAAUGCCCUACUGAAAAUGUGUACAGGUAAAGAAAAGUUUCAUUGGAACAUAUUUAAGUACUACAUGGUUAUCACUUUAUUUAUUAUAUGGAAACUUUCAUUAGUGGUUUUGUAAAUAAAAUAAUUUUUUGGAGAUUUUGGUUUCAUUUUCACGUAUUUUAUAUUUAAGAAUGCAGCAAAUAUACUUUUCAAAGUGAAGAAAACAUAAAUAAAAAGCUUAACUGACCAUGAUGAUGGUAAAAAAAAUGGGAUUGUAUAUACCUGGAUGACAAUGACAUGAUAUUUCAGCAAUUGUACCUGUGCU